UUAUGGAAUUUAGGUAAAAAGCUCAAAUAUGCCCAUAGAAAUGGCCUAUCCGUGUCAAAUUUGGUUCACUAAUGGAGCCCUACUGAUGCCACGUGCCAUUAUCUAAACGCUUCAUUACUUACCAGGCCCCACCCCUCUCACCCUUUUUUACGAGUGAGCCAUUUCGUUAAGUUCUGUGGCAUAUUUUGCGUACUUGUAAAAUUUAACUUUGGCUUUUUGAAUUUUGUUUGUGUUUAACAAUAGUAAUUCGGCUAUUUUGGCUCAUCCUGUUAGGAGAAUGACAUGAUUGAUAACAAAUAGAGCUAGAGUAGGAUGGUUGAAAUGGACAAGUGUUAUGUUGAAAAGUCAUUAACAACUUAUUUAAACUCUAAGGUAUUUCAAUGAAGAAUCAAGAAUAUUCAAAGAGUUGUAUAGAAUUGGAAAGAAACCUCUAGAAUGAGAAUUCUAGAAGUGUAGUUCGGAAACAGCCUCUCUACCCCACAAAGGUAGGGGUAAGGUCUGGGUAGAUCCUACCCUCCCCGGACCCCACUUGUGGGACUACUCUGGGUAGGUUGUUGUUGUUGUAGUUCUGGAUAAGGCAAAAAAGGAAAAGAUCUAGAACUUGUGGAGUGAAGUAGUGGAGAAAUAACUCAGUAGAUUCUUUCAUCUCCACCUAUAAAUAGAGGUGGUUCAUUUGAGUUGUAAGUGUGCUCAAGAAGAGACCAAGUAAGAAUGAAAGCAAACAAGAAAGAACAUGAGAGCAAAAGGUGAGAAAAUAAGAGAGAGCAACAAAGAGGGUUGCUAGAGUGUGAGUGAACGAAAAAUUGAGUGUAAAGAUUUGUAAGACCGAAGCGGGUCUUUAGUUUGCAAUAAUAAAAUUCAAGUUUUUUUUUUUUUUUUUUUGAUUAAGCACCGGGUGUCCAGGUCUCUUUGAUCCCCGACUAAUCCCGGGGGUGCACAGGCCCUCGGCAAGGACACCACGGGUAAUUCAGGGUUUUUACCCCAGUCCGAUGGCCCUCAGAAAUUGUUUGCACCCAGUGGGUUUCGAACUUGAGACCUUGAAAGGGAGCACAAUAAAAUUCAAGUUGUGAGCAAUCAAUUGCGAUCAACGAUAUUCAAUAAUUGGUUAGCAACUCAAGGGAGAUCCUACAAGCUACUGUAGAGGGCACAAGUCAAGAGGCACUAAUCAAUGACGCAUUUUGCAAGCACCCUCAAUAGCGUUGAGAAACACAACGCAAAUAACUACAGUGCAUGGGGCACAAGGAUGUAAUAUUAUUUUCUCGGCCAAGAAUUGUGGGAUAUUGUUGGUGGCUCAAAGACUACACCACUAACCUAUGUCAAAGCAGCAAAAAGGUGAAAGUUUAAAGCUGGAAACGUCAUCUAUGCUCUCGCUGUAACAGUCAAAGAUGAGUUCUUGCAAUAUAUUAAGAACGCCGAGACCCCCAAUAAGCUUAGGACACGCUGGCGACAAUUUUUGUGUACAAGAAUGAUGUGAGAUUACAAAGGCUUGAAAACAAGCUUUUGUUGAUCGCGUAGCAGAAUAUGACAAUUAGUCAGUAGUCAAUACUUCUCAAAGGUUAGAUCUUUAUGUGAUGAAAUAUCAAAAUACUAUCCAGAGAAUUUGGGAAGUUGAUAAGGCUUCACUAUUUCUGGAUUAAGUUGGGUGAUGCCUCAGAAUCUGAGAGAGGCAUCUGUGAGUUGGAGUCUUUGGAAAGCUGAUAAGGCCAUCAAGAAGACCUGGUUGAUGAUCCUGCUGAUAUUUUUUGGAGCCUCUGGAAUGAGACAAACAGAAGAUGGACAAAUAUCAGGAGCAAGGUCAAUUACUGGAGCCUUACCUCGAGAGUAUGAUUUCGCCCCUCAUGUCCAUUGUCCGUUCAAAAGCUGUCGAACUAGCUGCUGCCUCGGAAGAUAUUCUUGAAGUAAUUAAGCCUGUGUGUAUUAUAAUAUAUUCUCUGGUGACAGUUUGUGGCUACAAGGCUGUUGUCAAGUUCUUCCCUCAUCAGGUCUCUGACCUGGAGCUUGCAGUAUCUCUCCUGGAGAAAUGCCAUAAUACACAAGCUGGAACAUCAUUACGACACGAAAGUACUGGAGAGAUGGAAGCAAAGUGUGUGAUACUAUUGUGGCUCUACAUUCUUGUACUGGUCCCUUUUGAUAUAGCUUCUGUGGAUACUAGUGCUGGGGAUAAUAACUAUGCUGGGGGUGAUGAGCCACCUCCACUUGUACUAAGAAUUCUGGAAUUCUCUAAAGACUACCUUUCAAACGCGGGUCCUAUGCGAACCAUGUCUGGUUUGCUGCUCUCAAGGCUUCUAACACGCCCAGAUAUGACAAAGGCUUUUACCAGCUUUGUGGACUGGACGCAUGAAGUUAUGUCCUGUCUUUCAAAUGAUGUUGUCAAUCACUUCCAGCUAUUGGGUGCAGUUGAAGCACUAGUUGCUAUUUUCAAGAAUGGAAGCCCUAAAGUGUUGCUUAGUGUGAUUCCUGGUAUUUGGAAUGACACAUCAGCUCUGAUGAAGUCCAACACUGCAGCUCGGAGCCCUUUACUUCGUAAGUAUCUUGUGAAGCUAACUCAAAGGAUUGGGAUGAUAUGUCUCCCUCCACGUCAUCAGCCAUGGCGAUAUGUGGGUAGAACCAGCAUGCUUGGAGGGCAUAUUACUGUUGAUAGAAUUGGAGUGAACCAAUACAAUGAUGAUAGAAACAGUGAUCUUUCAAACAUCUAUCAAGACCCAAACUGUCAUGAAGAAGAUGACAUGGAUGUCCCUGAUAUAGUAGAAGAGAUAAUUGAAUUACUGCUGUCAGGACUGCGUGAUACGGAUACCGUUGUGCGUUGGUCUGCUGCAAAAGGUAUUGGCCGUGUUACUUCACGGUUAACGUACUUGCUUUCUGAUGAAAUCCUUUCAUCUGUUCUCGAACUCUUUUCGCCUAGUGAGGGCGAUGGUUCAUGGCAUGGUGGUUGUUUGGCGCUGGCUGAAUUGGCACGUAGAGGAUUGCUGUUACCUAUUAGUUUUCACAAAGUUAUUCCUGUUGUUAUAAAGGCAUUACAUUAUGACAUUCGAAGGGGUCCACAUAGCAUUGGAUCCCAUGUACGUGAUGCUGCUGCUUAUGUUUGUUGGGCAUUUGGCCGCGCAUAUUACCAUGCAGAUAUGAAAAGCAUACUCCAACAGCUUGCUCCGCACCUUAUCACUGUGGCCUGCUAUGACCGCGAGGUAAAUUGUAGAAGAGCAGCAGCUGCUGCUUUUCAAGAGAAUGUUGGACGACAAGGAAAUUAUCCUCAUGGUAUCGAUAUAGUGAAUGCAGCUGAUUACUUUGCGCUUUCAUCACGUACAAACUCCUAUCUUCACGUUGCUGUCUGCAUUGCUCAAUAUGAUGGAUAUCUGCAUCCUUUUGUUGAUGAGCUUCUGAGCUACAAAAUAUGUCACUGGGAUAAAAGUUUGAGAGAGCUUGCCGCAAAUGCUCUUUCUUCUCUUGCUAAGUAUGAUCUUGGACAUUUUGCUAGUACUGUUGUGGGAAAAUUAUUGCCUUGCACAUUGUCUUCUGAUUUGUGCAUGCGUCAUGGUGCAACUUUAGCUGUUGGGGAGGUUAUAUUGGCUCUACAUGAACAUGGCUCUGUUCUUCCCCCAGAUCUGCAGAAGCAAGUUGCUGGUGUGGUUCCUGCAAUUGAGAAAGCACGACUGUAUCGUGGGAAGGGUGGAGAAAUAAUGCGUUCUGCUGUUUCCCGUUUCAUUGAAUGCAUUUCAUCUGCUCGUGUCCAAUUGACAGAUAAAAUUAAACGGAGUCUGCUUGAUACACUCCACGAGAAUUUGAGACAUCCUAAUUCUCAGAUACAGGGUGCUGCUGUUGCAGCCUUAAAGAGCUUCAUUCCUGCUUACAUUGCAUCUCCAGAAAGUAAAGGCUUCAAUGCCAUUACAUCAAGAUACCUUGAUCAAUUGACUGAUCCUAACGUGGCUGCUAGACGAGGAUCUGCACUUGCGCUUGGUGUUUUGCCAUUUAAGUUUCUAGGUGAAGGAUGGAAGGAUAUACUUCGUAAACUUUCUGCUGCUUGUGAAAUUGAGGAUAACCCUGAAGAAAGAGAUGUUGAAGCACGGGUAAAUGCUGUCAAGGGACUUGUAUCAGUGUGUGAAAUUUUAACUGAGACACAAGAUCAUUCUCAUGAAGAAUGCAUAUCUCUGUAUGUUUUUAUAAAGAAUGAGGUUAUGCAGACUUUAUUUAAAGCUUUGGAUGAUUACUCUAAAGAUAACAGAGGUGAUGUUGGUUCUUGGGUUCGUGAGGCUGCCAUAGACGGCCUUGAGAGAUGCACGUAUAUUCUAUGCAAGAGAGGACUCAAGGGCUUCUCAAGCAAGUCAGAACAAAUGGAACUUGGAUCUGUUGCUCAGUUGGACGAGAAAGAUGUCACCAACCAGAUGAAUUUUCUUUUUGACGAAAAUAUGGCAACCUGUUUAGUUGGAAGCAUUGUUAAACAAGCAGUGGAGAAGAUGGAUAAAUUAAGAGAAUUAGCUGCAAAGGCUCUUCAAAGAAUUUUGCAUAAUAAAUCAAUUUUUGUACGAUACAUUCCCCAUCGAGAGAGACUAGAACAAAUAGUGCCUGACAAGGAAGAUCUGAAAUGGGGGGUACCUACUUUUUCAUAUCCUCGGUUUCUUCAGCUACUUGGUAUCAGUUGCUAUAGCAAAUAUGUGAUAUCUGGGUUGGUUAUUUCCAUUGGUGAGCUGCAAGAUUCAUUGAGGAAAGCAUCACUCAGUGCUUUGCUUGAGUUUCUUCAGUCAACUGAUGAAAAUGUAGAUGAUUCUAAAGAAUACAAUCUUUCCAAUGACAUUCUUUGGGUUCUUCGGAAAUACAGAAAGUGUGACAGAGUUGUGGUACCCACUUUGAAGACCAUUGAGAACCUAUUCAGCAAAAAGAUAUUCUUAAAUAUGGAGGCGCAGACUGCAGUGUUUUGUGUUGGAGUUCUAGACGCUCUUAAUAUAGAGUUGAAAGGAUCAAAAGACUUCAAAAAGUUGUAUGCUGGAAUUGCAAUACUUGGAUAUAUUUCAUCAGUACCAGAGCAGAUCAAUAUCCAGGCGUUCAGUCAUUUACUAACUUUCCUCACCCAUCGAUUUCCAAAGGUAAGGAAAGAAGCUGCUGAGCAAGUUUAUCUUGUGCUCGAACAAAAUGGCGCUCUUGUGCCAGAAGACAAACUAGAGAAAGCACUUGAAAUUAUCUCCGAAACUUGCUGGGAUGGUGAUGCUGCAGAAGCAACAGAGAAGAGUUUAGAGCUCUGCACCACAUGCAACCUAGAUAUUGGAACAUUUUCGGAAGCAAUUGUUGGAACAUCCCGCGGAGUUGUUGAACAGGCACCUACCGGUGAUGAAAAUGCAUCAUACUCCUCGCUUGUUGGAUCAGCUGGGUUUUAGUUUCCUUGUCAGAUGCGUUUAAGAAUCAGAAUCUUGUGCUAUCACAGAGUUGGUCGCCACUGCUCCGGUGUUCCCCCCUAUUUGGCUGAGUUGUAAAAUCACUUUCUGCAAUCGAAGAGUUCCUCUGAAGUUGGUCUGUGACAUUAUUGCAAAUUGUGGAAAUGGGUUUCACUAGAUAGGUAAUAUGGUAAUUGCCGUAUAUUCAAGUGUGGUAUAUUCCUACUGACACACUCGAGUCUCGAAUGUACAAAUGAUUCAUUUGGAUUGUCAAGGUGAUUGAACCUUUUUAAGUGUUCAAAUUUCCAAAUGUCAACUGUUUCAAGAGAGUGAUAUCUUGUUUCUGUUAUUAAUAGAAAUUUAAAGAAUCAUACGAUCAUCA